CUGCACCAUGACAUCGACUGCGAGGUCACAAGCUUGGCUGCCUACAAUUCCUCCUUCAUUUUCGGAACUCGUCCCUUCGCCAACGGUACCCAGCACAUCUUCAGCGUCGGUGACUCAUUCAGAAUGGCAGUGACCCAACCAGAACUCUAUCUGGGUGUCUUGCAGACAGACGGUGUGAUUGCUGAAGCGUGGCGAGCGUGCAUCUACAUGGAUUCCUUGGAUGCCACCUUUAAUGCUACUUGGUAUUUCACAGCCAACAACUCCUGGACCAGCACAAUUGGUCUUCAGAGUCCACUGUGGCUGGAAGUGACCGGAAGAGUAGGGGGCGCAAACGCACAUGAUUUUGACCACGUGUACACUUUCACCGAAUACAAGCCGGGCUCCGUCCCAGCUACAGAGCUUGAGACUCCACCGGGCGUAUACUGUGAAAACCGUAUUAACACCAAGCCCCUGCCCAACAUCACUGACAACUUCAGCUACCGAACGGAGAUUGUGGAUACGGCGACAAAAUACAUCAACUUUAUGUCGGAGUAUUACUACCUACAAAUGCGUGUAUCGGAGUACGAAUACCAGCCCGAAACUGGGUCUCCUUACGGUUCAAAUCCGAUUCGCCGUCUACACGACUUCCGUACAGGAGUGGCCUACAUCAUGGACACUGUUCUCGGCAACUGCACGGUGACACCCAUCUCCAAGCUCAGCGCCGAUGCCACGGCCGCUGACUCCGUGCACGUGCGCAUGAAAAACGAGCGCGAGUUCUUCAGUUUCAACAACAAGUUUACGUAUGCCGGCCAGCGCGUUGCUCGAGACAUCGACUGCGAUGUGUGGGUGUCGGUGAAGGAUGACUGGCCUGCAAACCAACCUUUCGAGACACACUGGGAGUGGUACUUUGCUACGGCAGCUUGGCUGGAGCUGGCCGGGUACCAAUACGAAGCGCUUCUACCAGUCAUGCUGCGCAUCACCGCCCAGGCCUUUGAUCCACCUUUUGAACGCAUCUAUCACAUCUACGAUUACCGAGAGGGUGAACUCAACAACAGGGACUUUGACAUUAGCACCUGCUUCAACAAGACUCAUAGAGUGGAGUACAUCGUGACAUUUCCAGGAAACUACAGCAUAUUUGUAGCUCCUAGUCUGACGGACUUCAGGGACCAGUUCCUCGUCACCACAACUUCUAUCUGCCAAGUCUCCUACUUGAGAGUGGCAAGAACAAGGGUGGAUUACGACAGCAACAACAUCUAUGUGUCUUUCUCGCUCCUUGACCAAGCGCCCAUCGCCGGCGAUGUCCAGCAAAGUGAACCAGAAGCAUCUCUUCAAGAGGCGGGAGACAGGCUGCAAAGUGCAAUUAACAACGGUUACUUUUUGUCUCGGUGCCAGUGCAAAUGGUCAAAAGAUAGCACAGCUCAAGGCUACUAAAGUCUCCAUCGGCGUGGCACCUACCCCGAAUCCUAAGGCAGCGCCACCCCCUCCACCCCACCAGCAUUCUCUACAGCAGAGACCACCACGUGAUCAGCCUCCUUCCAGCCGCGACGACCUCCGCCUUAGUGUACAGAGAGCAAAACCAAGUCCUAAAGCAUCAUCCACUUCUUAUAGCAAGGGCGCCGUGGUGGGUCUAGCCAUCGUCAUGCUGCUGGUGGGUUACUCCUUUGGCGUCGGCCUCAUGUUGCUGGCUCAUCGCCGUCUGAUGCACGAGCGCGCACCCGCCUUCCUGGACAACCUCUGAGGGAGCUCCAAGCACAGAACGGAAAGUUGGACAGUUCAGACGCCGACAGCGAGACGCUGAAAGAACCCUCUGCUUCACAAAUAGGGAUGGACAGCCAUGAACCUACAGGUGCUGCUUCUGAACAUCCUUACGUCAACGUGUCGCUGGAGAGCUAGAAAGUCCACAAGGGGUACGAAGCAUUCAACUAGAGACUUAAAAAUAUAAAAACUGAUACGAUGCAAGGCAAGUUCUGUUACAAUAGGUAAAUGUCGUCCUGUCGUUAUGUUGUGAGAGAUGUUACAUACCUUACUAUUUUUUUCUGAUUUUAUAGGUACGUGAAUGAUAAUCUAUGAAGUUGCGUUUGACUUUUGUUUGGUUACAUUUACUCGACAGCAAGAUUAGUUUUAUCCCUUUUCCCGCCACCAACCUUAUCCCAUCCCUAUCAAAGAGCAAACAUUCACUCGGAAGCUAUUGUCUUACACUGUUGUGACUACGUGGUUGUUGCUAACCUAUAUAAUGUGAAAUUGGUUUACCUACUCUUUUUCCAGACCAGCUCGGAAACACUUUCUUGGUUUCCCCCACCCCAACCGUAUCCCUCGCAAAUCUCGAUCUCAUUGAUAUCAUAUUCCUGGCUGACCGACCUAGAUGAUACCUCUUCAAUGACAUCAGUAAAAUUAUUUUUCUUGCUGUCUCAGAAAUCAGCUAAAAUCUGCUUAUGUGUAUUUUGAAAGUAUUUAUGUAGCUG